UCUCACAACUAAUAAGGUUAAGUGAACUACCCAGUGUGAUCUGUAUCUAGUGGAAAAGAGGCUUAUUUAAAUGACGAAGGCAAGAGGAUCUCUCUCAGAGCGCUGAAGGAAAAUGAGCUCCACAGAAGACCUUGACUAUCCUCAGAUCUUAUUUCAAUACAACAAUGGGUUUUUAGUCUCAAAGAUUAUGUUUACUGCCUGUGAAUUGGGAGUGUUUGAUCUAUUGCUGGAGUCAGAAGGGUCCCUGUCUUCAGAUGCCAUUGCUGAACAUUUGGGCACCAGCGUCAGUGGAAUGGAACGGUUACUUGAUGCCUGUGUGGGAUUAAAGCUCCUGGAAGUCGAAAUGAAAAGUGAAGGAGCCUUUUACAGGAACACAGAGCUUUCCAACCUCUAUCUUGUAAAAUCAAGUCCCAAAUCUCAGUAUCAUAAUUUGAUGUACUACUCCAAAACUGUCUAUUUGUGCUGGCACUACCUGACAGAUGCUGUGAGAGAUGGGAAAAACCAGUAUGAGCGAGCAUUUGGCGUUUCAUCAAAAGACCUCUUUGGGGCUCUCUACAGAUCAGAAAAAGAGAUGAUCCAAUUCAUGUAUGGUUUAAAUGCAAUUUGGAGUAUAUGUGGCAGAGAUGUGAUUGCUGCAUUUGACCUAUCACCUUUCACCGUCAUUUAUGAUCUGGGAGGAUGUGCAGGUGGUUUGGCCCAGGAAUGUAUUUCUUUGUACCCAAAGUCUGCAGUCACAAUUUAUGACCUACCUAAAGUAGUGCAAGUGGCGAAGGAGCGUUUUGUACCCCCAGAAGAACGUAGGAUCACUUUCCAUGAAGGAGAUUUUUUUAAAGAUCCAAUUCCAGAAGCUGACCUGUACAUUUUGGCUAGGAUCCUGCAUGACUGGGCAGAUGGCAAGUGUAUGCAGCUACUAACAAAAAUCUACAAGGCUUGCAAGCCUGGAGGCGGAGUCCUGCUGGUUGAAACACUUUUGAAUGAAGACAAAACUGGGCCUUUAGAAGCCCAGCUUUACUCUAUGAACAUGUUGGUUCAGGCUGAAGGAAAAGAACGAACGCCAACCGAGUACAGCAAGCUCCUCGCUGCAGCUGGUUUCAGAGAGAUUCAAGUCAAGAAAACAGGAAAGCUCUAUGAUGCUAUUUUAGGAAGAAAAUAAUUCUGUCUCUCCUUUCUUGCCUAUUGUUAGAUGUGUAAAUGCAGUGACGUGACCAGCUUUUACUAGACAUCAGCAAUGAACACAGCUCAUAGUUAACCAUGUCACUUUCUUUGUACAACAAUACGUUGCUAGAACAUUCACUCAUUAUGUAUGUUGAGCCUACAAGGAUUGACGGUCUGCCAGUUUGAAUGUGAAUCCUGUUUGGCUCUGGAUUCUAACUGUGGGAAUAAAGUAAUUAACACAGGUUUAACAAGAAAUAGCAUGUGAAAGCAACACUAUGGAAAGCUUAUACUCCUUGCAUUAUACAUUUGUAUUCUGUCAGACUUUGUACUCUCCCUUGCAUAUUUAACAUAAUGUCCCAUCUGGGUUUGUACUCAGCUUUCUUUCUGCAAAUAUAAACUGUACUGUACAUCAAUGUACUGAUUACUGUGGGAUGCACUGAGAUUCUAUGAAAAUGUAUACAGUGUAAAAGGAGUGAACUCUC